UGAUUAGUGAUUCAAAUACUAUAUUCAAUAUCACAUCUGACACGAGGAUCUUAAUCUGAACUUUCGGCCACUGUUUGUGAUUCAUGUCCACAUAUCGGCGACCGUUUUGCCGAAAAAAGACUCAAAUUAAUGGAUGUUUUCAAACUGGAUGACGGCUCGUGUGGUGUAUUACCUCCGGUCACGAGUUCGACGUCAUCUCCAGAAUCUGCCGUCAAAUUAGGUUCAGAAUUAUUUGAGAACGACUUUCCCCUGUCUUUCUAUGAGCCGAUUAAGAAAGAGUACGAUGAAAAGCCAUGUAUUUAUGAUCCCAACUCAGUUUCCGAUGGCGUAUAUACGGCCAAAGACUACGGUCCGUUACCACCCUAUCCGGGAACUGAACCGCAGUCUCUCAUAACACCAAUGAAUAGAAACCCUAUGAAUGGGUCACCGCCGGCUUUGGCCACUUCACCACCACUUGUCACCAGUAAUGGUAUGCAUGUGGGAUCUGCCACUGCCCGCACUAAUGGCCAAACGCCGGUUACUGUUAUAUAUGAAACAAAACGAGAAUUAGCCGAAAGUUCUUCACCGACUCAUAAAGCAGUCAAAAGUGGAAGAAAUAAAAACUCUAACAUUUCUCAAGAUUCACAUCACAAUAGUUUUGCUGCGGCCGACUCUAACAGCAAUACUCCGACCAAAUCAUUUGUUCCGUGCAAAGUGUGCGGCGAUAAGGCAUCCGGUUAUCACUAUGGAGUGACCAGUUGUGAGGGCUGUAAGGGAUUCUUUCGUCGAUCAAUUCAGAAGCAAAUAGAGUACCGGUGUUUAAGAGAUGGCAAAUGUCUAGUGAUUCGUCUCAACAGAAAUCGCUGUCAAUACUGUCGUUUCAAGAAAUGUUUGGCCGUCGGGAUGUCCAGAGAUUCUGUUAGAUACGGUCGGGUCCCGAAAAGGUCGCGUGAGAGGGGAGAAGAGUCACGGGUUACACAAUCAGAAGCAGACCAGUCAUCGCGAGACGUGGAGAACAAGCAGUUGGCGAUGUAUGACAUAAUCCUAACCAUAUCACAAGCACAUCACGCAAACUGUGCCUACACUGAGGAGAAAACUAGAGGAUUGAUACGAAAACCAGCUAUUUUUAGUUUGGAUGACUACCAGACGGGUAGUAGUGGUGAGGACACACCGACAUCCAACUCAGGGUUAGCGGCCGAUUCGUUAGAGCAGAAGAAAAUAGUUAUGUGGCAACACUUUGCUGUAUUGGUGACGCCAUCCAUACAACGGGUGGUCGAGUUUGCCAAACGUGUUCCCGGUUUUAUAGAUCUGUCACAAGACGAUCAACUGAUACUCAUUAAGUUAGGAUUUGUGGAGAUCUGGUUGGUUCACAUCUCGAGGAUGAUCAACACUGUAGACAAUACAUUGACGUUUGCCGACGGCUCAUACAUCACAAGACAACAAAUGGAGCUCAUGUUUGACCAUGAAUUUGUGGCAAAUAUUUUCAACUUUAUGGUUGUGUUAAACAAUCUUCAAUUAAACGACACCGAAAUUGGUCUCUUCGCUGGAAUCGUUUUACUACAAUCAGAGAGGUCGAGUAUUUAUGAUACGAAAGCCAUAGAUCACAGUCAGGAGAAGCUUAUGGAGGCAUUGAAGUUGCAGAUGGGACGCAACCACCCGAGCGAACCGCACACAUUUCCCCAGCUUAUGAUGAAACUACAAGAGCUACGAUCCCUGGGACUCAAACACGCGCAUCAUUUGCAAUGGUUUAGAUCCAAUUGGACGCGACUUAAACUGCCGCCACUUUUUGCCGAAAUUUUUGAUAUACCGAAAUGCGAUGAAGAUAUGGUAGUCCAAUAAAUACCAUAUUUGUCAACCAUCUCUAGUAAAGUCUACUUAUUAAUUAUGUCAAUUUUUUGGUGAUCUUUUAAUAUCUAAGUAAAUAUAGAAAUGUUUGGUUAAUUUAAUGGUAACUAAAUUUCAACGAAUGGUUAUUUAUAUAUAUAUAUAAUGAUAGAAGAGGUUAAAUUAAAA